AUGCGUCCUUCUAUCUUUGCUAGUCUCGUUGUGGCAUUCGCCAGUCUCGAGGUCUCGGCGGCGCCUGCAAAUGCCGAUACCCGCGCUGCCGUCUACCACAAGGCAGAGCGUAGCGCGGACCCUGUAGACAACAAGAGUGCUACAGAGAUCACUGAACUCUACAUUGCGGCGCUGCGCGAACCUGACAACAGCAAGCGUGACAAGGAGAUCACCGACCUCUAUAUUGCCGCCCUGCGCGAGCCUGCCAACAGCAAGACUGACAAAGAGAUCACCGAUCUCUACAUCGCGGCUCUUCGCGAGCCUGCUACUAGCAAGCGAGACACAGAGUGA